ACCACAUUUAUGGACGAAACCGCCGCCGCUCUCAUGUAUCUCUAUCACCUCAUCAGAACUCAGCCCAACGCAUGAUUUCUAUGCCCCAGAUAUGCUCAUGGACCAGGAUACCGAGACAUCGAAACGUCGGAAGCUCCGCAAACGCCUCGGCCAAUUCCUGCGCGACAUCAAGUACUUCUUAUUAGAUUCCUUGUCUGACCUCUUCUGGAUGUUAGCCAUCGGAGGCGCAGCACUUGGUCUCUAUUCGAUCUCAUAUCAACCACCACUUCUGGUUCGGAUAUACACCACCGCGGAUCGACGCCUAUACAACGACGCAAUAUCCUAUCCUUUCCUUACUCCGAUCUUCAGUUCGCUCGUCGCCGGCCUUGUCUGCUCCCUCAUUCCCUUCGGCAUCAUCCUCUUCGCCCAGAUAUGGGUUCGCUCCUUUGCGGACGGCUCAGCGGCGAUCAUGGGCCUUUUUUACUCUCUUCUUACCGGCACUUUUUUCCAGGUCCUCUUGAAGAAAUUCGUCGGAGGCAUCCGGCCUCACUAUCUUGCUGUUUGUCAGCCCGAACUUCCUGCACAAGGUCUCGGUUUCGAUGGAGCCUUGUAUCCAGCAGCGCAGAUUUGCUCUGGAAACCCGGCACGAAUCCUAUAUGCUUUGCAGAGCUUUCCAUCUGGGCACUCGGAAGUUGCGUUUGCUGGAUUUGGGUUCCUGGCCAUCUACCUCUACACGCAUUUGAGGAUUGGCGAUCAUCGGAAGAGUGAUAGGCUUGGAUUUUGGCGUAUGCUUCUUGUCCUGAUGCCGAUCAUGCUGGCCACGUACAUUUCUGCAACACUUGUCCUUGCUUACCAUCACUACGUGCUUGAUUGCGUAUUUGGAGCAGCAAUUGGUAUCCUGACAGCACUUCUGGGUUACAGAUUGGCCUUUCGCAGUCUGAUAUGCUCCAGAACCAACUGCGAGCCAAGGGUAGGAAAGAGAUUGAAGCGAGACAUGGGGAAUAGAAAGCAGAAAGCGGAACGGUCACCUCAGAUACCGGCAAUGGACUGGUCGCGCGAUCUGGAGCUGGGCAGCGUCACAACCCAUCCCAGGACGGUCUCUGGUAGCCACACAAGGGUGCGACAGCCGAUCUACUCGACCAUCGACUCGGUGAUGCACAGCAAUGACGCCUAAGGCGGUGCCAGCACCGCAUACAGCGAGUACUUUGUCUACAAGAGCGGGCAUAAGUUCCUGAACAACGACUGCUUGGUUUAGAAC